GUAUUAUAGUAUUAGAUUCUUUGUAAAUAAUUAUAUUAUUUAAAUUUAAUUUAACCUAUGUAUUAAUCUAUUAUUAUUGUAUUAUAUAAAAUGAACAGUAGAAUGAAGUAUAGCAAUAACAGUUAAAUACUUCUAUAUUACUUAGAACCAGGGCAAUGGUUACAGCUUGUAUUUUCAAACAUGAGCAACAGAAGUGAAUUGUCCAGUACAACAGUUUAUAGUGACUGCAGACCGUGGUCUCGAAUAUCUAAAAAAAGAUGGAGAAAUUCAGCAGUUGAUGAUUUGCUCAAAGCGAGUAAGACGACAUGGCCAGUUCCGCAAAUUGAACAAAUAUUUUUACCAGAGUUUAAAAUCAAAACUGAAACAAAUGAAGAAUCAUUUGAGAUUAUUGAAUUUAUUUGUAAGGGUGCAUUUGGAAAAGUUUUCAAAGUUAAGCAAUUGGAUUCUAAUGAAGUAUAUGCUAUGAAAAUUCUCAAAAAAUCUGCGAUUAUCGAAGAGAAUGGGAUACAGCAAGUUAAAGACGAAGUACACAUUCAAUCAAUGUGCGGUCAUCACCCUUUUAUCAUAAAUUGUCCAUUUUACUGGCAAAGUAGAAAACAACUAUUUAUUGUGAGCAAUUAUGUUGGAGGUGGUGAGUUGUUGAAGUUGCUAUUGCAACAUGAGAUUUUACCCGAAGAGCUGUGUAGAAUAUAUUUUGCGGAAAUAGUUACUAUUUUAGAUUUCUUACAUAACGCUGGUGUUAUAUAUAGGGAUAUUAAACCCGAGAACAUAUUGUUAGAUGAUGAUGGCCAUCUUCAGUUGAUUGAUUUUGGCCUAUCAAAAUGGCUUCCGCAAGGAUGCCGCACCAAUACUAUUUGUGGAACGUCUCAGUACAUGGCUCCAGAAAUAUUGCAGAUGGGAAAUUAUAAUCAUUCAGUGGAUUGGUGGUCGGCAGGAGUGCUGUUAUUUCAAUUGCUUACUAAUCAGUAUCCGCCAAAAACGCAUGACGAAAUCAGAACGGCGCUGGACCAUGUCAGCAAAGGGGCAACGGACAUGGUGUUGAAGCUUUUGGAAACCAACCCUCAGUACAGGUUGAAGUCUCUCCGCCAGGCGAAAAUCCAACCCUUUUUCCACGGUUUCGACUUCUCGGAAGUUAUCUCAAAAAAGGUUACAACCAUAAAGGUCAAGCCUAAUGAAAUACUCCAACGGUAUAGUAAUGUAAAACGAACGCACGAAAAAAAAGAGUUACCUAAUUUUGACGAAUUUGAUUCCUAACUGACUUUUUUUUUUUAGUAUAAUGUAAAGCAGUCAAAUGCUUACCUACACUUACUGUGAUGUUACCGUUAUAUUAUAUUCGUUAUAAUCGCUUCUUGUACCAAUUUAAUCUCGUU